CUGCUCCUCCGCCUCUGCACGGUCCUCUACCAGCACCAGCACGCCCCGGACGCCGCGCUGCGCCGCCGCCUCUCCGCGCUGCCGCUCCCCUCCGCGGAAGACGACCUCCGCGAGCUCUUCCUCCAGGCCUCCGCGCGGUUCCCGCUCUCCUGGCGCCCCGUGCACCGCCUCCUCGACCACCUCACCGCCGUCCACGGCUUCGCGCACUCCCCCGCCACCGCCGCGCGCUUCGUCGACGUCCUUGCAAAGUCCCGCAACGUCGACCUGCUCCACUGCACCCUGCUCUCCUUCCCGCCGGAGCUCCGCUCGCUUGCCGCCCUCCGCGCCGCCAUCCGUGGCCUCGCCCCGGCCCGCGAGGUCGGCAAGGUCUCCGCCCUGGUCACCCUCUUCCCGGACGCCGACCGCCGCCGCACGCUCAGCUUCAUCACCGAUGUCGUUUGCUCCAUCUGCAAGCUGCCCGACGUCGCCGAGAAGGUGAUCAAGCAGGCCGAGCACCGGUACGGCGUAUCGCGCACCGGGAGAUGCUGCGAGCUGCUGGUCAUCGCGUACUGCCGCGCGGGGAUGUUCUCUGACGCCUGCAGGGUGUGGAACGGGAUGGAGAGGCGCGGGCUCGAGCCGGGCGCUCCGGCGUACGAGGAAAUCGUGGUGACGCUGUUCAAGAAUAACCGUGUCCCCGACGCCAUGAAGGUGUUCGACGGAAUGCGUAGGAGGGGAGUUUCAGACGGUGGCAAGGGCGGGUGCUACCGGGCGGUGGUGUCAUGGCUGUGCAAGGAAGGGAGGAUUGUGUACAUGGUGUUCGCCGAAAUGGUGAAGAGAGGGAUGGAGGUGGACGGAGAGGUGAUGGGGAAUUUGGUGUAUGGGCUGCUGGUGAGGAGGAGGGUGAGGGAAGCGUACAAGCUUUUUCAUGGCGUUAAUGAGAAGGAUGUUGCACUCUACCAUGGAUUGAUGAAGGGGUUGAUCAGGAUCAAGCGAGCUGGGGAGGCGACAGAGGUUUUCAGGGAGAUGGUUGCCAGAGGGUGCGAGCCGAACAUGCACACUUAUAUUAUGCUGCUUCAGGGUCACUUGGGGAAGAGUGGCAGGAAGGGGAGGGAUCCCUUGGUGAAUUUUGAGAGCAUAUUUGUUGGUGGGUUGGUGAAGGCCGGGAGGACAUUGGAGGCAACAAAGUUUGUGGAGAGGACUAUGUGGAGUGGAGUGGAUGUGCCAAGGUUCGAUUAUAACAAGUUCUUGUACUACUUUUCAAAUGAGGAGGGGGUGUCAAUGUUUGAGGAAGUUGGAAGGCGAUUGAAGGAUGUGGGGCAUGUUGAUCUUGGGGACAUCUUUCUGACCUAUGGUGAGAGGAUGGCCACAAGGGACAGGAGGAGAAGAGCAAUGAAUGGACAUCUAACAGAGGUUCAAGAUUAUAUUUGAUAGAAUCAUCACAGGAACUUGUUAUUUUUUACCACAAGGUAACUGUAGAUGACCUGCUCGUGUAGUCAGGAUUCUGAAGGAGGAAUAGUAAAAAGUUCUUUUUUGGCAGCAUAUAUUUGAAUAGUCCAUUUUUGCAUUCAUUUUGAGAUUUU